AGAUGCUUUCAGCGACAUUUCUUUUUCCCUCUCGUCGCCUCCCAGCCUUUAUAACAUUCCUUCACCAACUUUUUUGCAACCAAUUUUAUUUUCCGAAACAUCGACUUCGUCACCAAUGCAAAACAUGCCGAACCAGGGACAUGUCAGGAAGUGGAAUGGAAAACACAAGGGUCGUGCCUUGAAACUUCGUUUGGAGAAGCAUCGUCACAUUCAAAUUGCUGUCACAAAGCACCAUACUCCAAAUGGAAGCCCUAUUGCUCAAUUGGCAAUGGCCUCUCAAUUCCCCGCUGCGGUGGAUGCUCAAUUCCAAACUGAAAACGAUGUUUCGGAGUCAUCGGUUUCUUCGCCAGUAUCAUCCAUCCCAUCACUGGGAUCGAAAUCAUCCUCCACAGGUGAAAGCUCAAUUUCUAGUAACUCAGGUGGCAGCAUUUGGAAGGAGGUCAUGAAUGAAACGAAUAUUACUGCAUUGGCGAUAAACCGUGUGCCUUUUGAUUCAUCCUUCACAGAAUUAGCUUCUUCAAUGCUAGCUACAGGUGACGAAAGCGGAACAAUAAUCAUAACUCAAAUCACAGAUGAAGAGAUGCAAAAGAUUGGUGACGAAGAAAGUGCUGAUUCACUUUUGGAAUCAAUCAUGGAUCUAGGCAGUGGGGCGCUAGAGUUCUCUGUGGAGAGUAGGGUUCGGUCCCUUCAUUUCAGUGGCUCCGAACAUCUUGUGGCUGGAGGAGAUGGCUGUUAUGCAUGGAUUUCGGCAAUUAUGGUCGAUCAAUCCUCCAAGACCCUUCAAGAAAUAAAAGUUAUCCAAAAAAUUGAAAGGAUUGAUCGCAUUUAUGCCGUACGCUUUUCUCCCAAACGAAAUUUCCUUGCAGUUGGAGGAUUUGAUGGUAGAGUUGCAACUGUUCCAACGACAGCGAUGUGGAAAAAAGAAGACGCGAAGACAAAGGAAGACGGAAGCGACGAUUCGUUUUCGCAAGUGAUGAAUGAUUCAAUAAUAGAAUUGGAUCGACCGGGUUUGAUUUAUUGCCUCGAUUGGAGUCCUGAAGGGGAUUAUCUGGCUAUCGCUGGCAGUGAUAAAGUUUGUGGUAUUUACGAUGCAUCAACGUUUCAAUUGGUCCACGAAACAGCAAGCCGAAGCUCUGCAAUCGAAGCACUCCAGUGGAGCCACGAUGGCAAAUACUUUGCGAUCGGAGACAGAGAAGUUGCAAUAGUUGAUGGCAAACCACCCUUCGAAAUCCAAUGCGAGAUAAGUCAUCCCCCGAAAAGUUCUGUGAUGGCACAAUUUCGUUAUCGCAUUACUUCUCUAUGCUGGUGCCCCUCCGGUUCCUUCUUGGCAAUUGGUGGUAGCGAUGGCCGCUGUCUAAUCGUCGAGAAAAACAGCUGGACGUUAGUGUACGAACACAAUCGAACAGAAUGCAUAAAUGCUCUGGAAUGGUUUCAACAGUACUUGAUUGUGAGUGAUAACAAUCAUACUCUUGCAUUCAUCAAGAUCGGGGAAGAAACUCAAAGUUCUGAAGCUUUAGGCGAUCAUGCAUCGGUUACCUCUAGCUCCUAUUUUAGCCAAAGCACAACGAGCAGUAAUUGGGUCCUCAGAGAAGACGAGUUUCGGGACCUAGAGGAAGUGACCCAGAAAGCGCCGAAAGCAUUAAAUUCGCGCGCCAACAUCACAUCGGUUGCGUUCUCGAAGGUUGGAAAAGCUAGCAAGACAUCGCCGUAUCUGGCAUAUGCUGCAGACGACUGCUCUCUGACAAUAAUGACUACCAGGGAUUGGAAAGCAGUAUACGUAAGUGCCAAUUUGACCAUCAUUUGAUAUGUUAACAGUCUCGAGGACAAGCUGAAUAUUCCACCUCUCACAAUGCGCAAUGGACUCCUAAUGGUAUUAUAGCAGGUUGAGUUCGCAAAGCCAAUCCGGUCACUUGUAUUUUCGAAUUCAAGCAAUUAUCUCGCUCUGGGAGGUGACGAAGGUGUUUUGAACGUACUGUCGGUGCGAAGCAGAACCAUGAUUCUCAAUAGUAUUCUUUCGUCAUCGAUCACGUCAAUCGCAUUCAGUGUAGGUGAUGAGAGGCUGGGGGUUGGAAUGGAAGACGGAAUGCUUGCUCUUUUGUGGCCAACCUCGAAUUGGGAAUCCGUUGGGGAAAUAGAUCAAAACGAGUCCUCGGUCAUUUGCCAAGACUGGACCUCUCGAUAUCUAGCCUGCGGUCGCAUGGAUGGGUCUGUGGCUCUAUUUGAUACCGAGCAGAUAUUUAGCAACUUUUUCGUUCCGAUUGCAGAGUUCACGAGCAACCACCCCACAAGAUCAGUUGCGUUUACAAAAAGCGGAGAAUUUUUGUCGAUCGCAGGAGACGAUGGUGUUGUUUCGAUACUUCGUGCCAAGGAUGGGUGGAUAAUUUCAAACAAAAUUAAUUUUGGGUGCAGCAUUCUCUCCACCAAAUGGUCGCCGGAUGGCCACUACAUAGUAUUUUCGGGCUCGAGUGAAACAUUUCUUGUUUGUGACACACGCACAUGGACAAUCGUCACCAAAACCAAAGAGAUUGGUCCUUCAAUAUUUACAAACAACGCAAGUUCGAUAUCGUGUGUUGAUUGGAGUCUUGACAACAAGUGGGUGGCGAUCGGCGGAAAAGGAUCGGGCAUGCAUCUCCUGAACACCACAGAUUGGACACUUCUGGAGUCAUCAGAAAAUAGCCAAAUAUUAAACAACUGAUUAAGGACCGAUGCCUGAUCGAUACGGCAAGAUUUUGUAUCACGCAAAUAAAUUUUAGUAUUCGUA